UUCAUUGUUGGAAUGAUAUUUUUGAAUAAUUUUUUGAAGAUUGUUUUAGUUAUAGCAUGUGACGUUUUUGGCAAUCAUUUUGAUAUGAAAAGAUUACAUCACAGGCGAAAAUACUAUGAUGAGAUAAAAAAGUAACCUUAAAUAAAAUUGUACAAUAUUUUCAUAUUUUUAACAUAACUGUUAUAAACAUAAAAGAUGUUUAAAAUAAAUGUUAUAUGUGUAAAGUCAUGUAAGACUGUUAAUACAAUAGGAAUAUUAUUAUAUAGAUCAUAUACAUCAGAUUUUGCAUUUGUCCCGAAAUGUGAACCUGUGAAAGACAGAGAUUUGUUGAUGUUAAAGGGUUUUAUCAAUAGUCACAGUAAUAUGUGCAUAUUAACAGGAGCAGGAGUAUCCACAGAGAGUGGUAUUCCUGAUUAUAGAUCCGAAGGCGUUGGCCUUUAUGCAAGAAGCAAUCGCAGACCAGUUCUUUACAAAGACUUUUGUAACAGCGCUGAGAUUAGAAGGCGAUAUUGGGCUCGAAAUUAUAUAGGUUGGCCUAGAUUUUCUUCUGUUAAAGCAAAUAUUGUGCAUGAAAUACUAAAAAAAUUAGAGGAUCAUAACAAAAUAAGAUGUAUCGUUACACAAAAUGUUGACAACUUGCACACAAAAGCAGGCAGCAAAAAAGUGAUAGAGUUACAUGGGACAGCAUUUAAAGUAAUGUGUCUCAACUGUAAUGAAAGAAUAUGUAGAUAUCAAUUGCAAGAAAUCUUAGAUAGAAUGAAUCCAAACAUGGCAGGGACUAGUGAAAUGAUAAGACCCGAUGGAGAUGUGGAUAUAUCACAAGAGCAAGUAGAAAGAUUUAAAAUUCCACCAUGUGGAAAUUGUGGUGGUGUUCUUAAGCCAGACAUGAUCUUCUUUGGGGACAAUGUCCCACGUCAAAUUGUAGAAAGUGUCAGAUAUAAUGUUGAGCAUUCGGAUUCUCUACUAAUUUUGGGUACAACACUUACUACAUUUUCUGGCUAUCGAAUCGCGUUGCAAGCUAGCGAUGCUAAAAAGCCAAUAGCUAUAGUGAAUAUUGGAAAAACCAGAGCGGACGAUCUCGCGGAAAUCAAAGUGGAAGGUAGAUGUGGCGAUAUUUUAUCGAGAAUUUACUCAAUGAUUGAUCAACAUGAGGAAUGUAUGGAAUGUUAAUUAAUAGACUGCGGAUUUUUAUGCAUUUUUAAAGAAUUUAAAAUUACAAAAACGCACAUAAUGUGCAAAAAUAUACAAAAUAAUUAAAGUAUAAUAUGUAUUAUUUUUAUUAUUUAUAAAAAUACCAAUUUGCAUAAAAAUUCGCAAUUCAUUGAUUAAGUAGAAGUAAUGUGAAUAGUUCUUUUCAUAUUGUUUUACAUCUUGGCUGUGAUUACUUUAGAUUAAUCUAUGUAUAAUGUACAAAUAAAACAUCUUUUUCCAACAAAAAAUUUUUUGUACAAUACUUUAUAUAAUAUUCUACUUCCUUUAUAGAAGGUUUGAUUCUAGUAUUGUUGAGAUUUUAGAAAUGAAGAUAUUUGUCUUCAUCAAAAGAAUAUAAUUAUUUUUUUUCUUAAGUCUUGUUUGUCUUUACCAUCUAUCCAUAAUUUUUUAAAUUGUUGUUACUUCCGUAUCUAGUAGAUAGCAGCACACAACUUGUCCAUAAACAAGGAUAGCAAUAGCGUGCGACAAAAAUAUAUAUAUAUACUCGAUACGGACAAGGGAGCACAAUAGAUGCGACUAAUAGUGUAUACAUAGAUGUGUAUACAAGCAUAGCAAUAACGAUUAGUUCCACCUUUUCACCGCUACGUGGUGAUAGUGUUUCAGCGUCCACAAGAAAGGUAACUAAAAGGAUUAAUUUGUGAACUUUUGUGAUUAUGUCUUCCGAAUUAGACAACUGUCUUAUUAAAUUCCUUUUAACCUAC